AUGGGAGGUCUCGGUCAUACGUCUCUUUCUCCGGCCGUCGCGUCUGAUGGCGCGGGCCAGGCGAGGAAGCGUAACAUGGCCAUGGCGGGGCUCGACAGCUCGCCCGGCAGUAUGGAUGAUGUCGAAGAAAUCGAAAAUCGCGACGAGAAGAGAAGGCAGCCAGUGAAGCGGGCCUGCAACGAAUGUCGGCAGCAAAAGCUGCGGUGUGAUGUGAUCCAAGACCCGUGGAUGGACUGCUCCCGCUGUCGCCGACUGAAACUCGAUUGCAAAAUUGAAUCCAAUUUUAAGCGUGUUGGGAAGCGAAGCCGGAAUGCAGAGAUGGAGCGAGAGAUAAUCGAGCUUAGGAAGCAGAUCGCCAAUGUGCAACCCGGAUCGGUGACGCAACAGCACUCACUCCCUUCGGCGCAGCAGACUCCGAAGCAGGAAAAUUCGUCUAAUCAAGUCAGCCCGGCCAGGGCAUACCAAACACCCUCUGCUAUGUCUACAACAGACCAAUUCAUGGGAUCACAUGAAGCAGUUGCCUCGCUACUUGACUUACGCUCCGGGUUCGACGGCUCGAGUUAUAUGAGGAAUGGCACCCAGCACUUCAAACGUAUUGAAGAUGUAGCCGUGGUGCCAGAGAGAGUGGCAGAGUUAUUUGAUCUAUUCUUUACAUAUUACCACCCGUUCCUUCCAUUCCUUGACCGAGACCAGUCGCCCGAUGACUAUUACACAGUCUCGCCCCUUUUAUUUUGGACCAUCAUCAGCGUUGGUGCUCGACGAUAUCAGCCCGAUUCAAACCUUCUUAAUUCAUUGGCGGGACCGGUGACGCGGUUGGUAUGGAGCACCUUGGCCGAUGUUCCGCAAAGCUAUCACGUCGUCAAGGCACUAUGUGUGCUCUGCAGCUGGCCGUUCCCCACCAGCAGCACCUCCACAGAUCCUACCUUCAUGCUUUGUGGCUUGAUGAUGCAGAUCGCCAUGCAACUUGGCCUGCAUCGCCCGUCCCAUACGCAGGACUUCAGCAAGUACAGGGUAGAGCUCAUUGAGGAAGAACUCAGAGACAAGGUCAGAACAUGGGCUAUCUGCAACAUCGUGGCACAGCGCGUUGCAACAGGAUAUGGGCAGCCACCCUGUACGUGGUAUGAUUGGACGCUGUCAUCCCAAGAGUCUAUGGAUGCAAACUUCAAGCUCCCCGAAAGUAUCCGACAUAGGCUCGAUAUCGAGAAGUUUUGCGACAAAGUCACCAAAGCCCUUUAUACCAACCGUCGAGAUCCUGUUGGCCUAUGCGGUAGCCAAGAAAGGUCCACAUUGACAUCUCUCCUUUCGAGAGAUUUAGAUGAUCUUGAGACGCAGUUGAAACCAUCCAAUGAUUACAUUACCGAGUUGUAUUUGCGCGCAUCGAAUCUCCACCUUCAUUUAUCUGCCUUCUUCGACGAUCCUACUUCCAAGGAUUACCGCGAGCGACUCCUCUCUCUAUUUUUCGCGACAACCACGUUUCUUGAAGCUGCGAUGAAACUGCAAACACAGGUUGGACCGGUUCUCUCCUAUACGCCGUAUUACAUAUACCAAAUGAUGGUCGCUGGGGGUUGUACGUUGUUGAAACUCUGCAAGAGUUUCUUCGCGGCGCAUAUCGAUAUGGAGUACGCUAAGAGCCUCUUUAAUCGUACCAUCUGGGCUAUUCGGGGCGUAUCAGUGAUCUCAAAUGAUCUUCCUGAGCGUCUCGCCGAAGUGCUAGCUCAGAUGUGGAAACUUGGCAGCACCCCGUCUCCAAAGCCAUCUCCUGACGGCACUGAAAUGGAUGACUCCCUGAUGCUUAAGGUACGAUGCCGCAUGAGUAUGUCUCUUUUGUUUGACUCCGUUUGGCGUUGGCGUGAGGAUACGCGAACCAAGGGCCGCAACAUUGAAGCUUAUCUCAAGAACCCAACGAACCCCGAUUCCAAUGCAGAGUCCUCGGCUUCGUCAUCCGUAGCACCGCAGCGCGCGUCCCCUGGAAUGGGUGCUGGUGAUCCUAGCCUAGCCCCGCCUCUGCUUGCGCAAAAUAACAUGGGCGUACAGUCCGGGAACGGUCUCGGAGGCCUUCCGAGCGGAUUUAUGGAACCGAACUACGAGGUCUUCGAUCCCCUGAACUGGCUUCUCGACGGUCUGGUAGACCUGCCGUAUCCUUAUUCCGUCUCUGGCAUGGAAGCUCAAGGAAUCGCAUAA